GACCGACUUAUUCUGAAUCCUUGUUUAGUCUUGUUUGCUAGUAGCUACUGGCCUCUAGCCUUCUCACGGUUGGUAGCGGGAGAAUAGGUGGAGCCCCUGGAGUACCGCUUGAAAUGCCAGAAACUGAGAUGCAAACUAUGGGGUGGGUAGAGAAGGGUCUUGGUACUCACAACAAGAUGAUUGUAUCAAGCAACCAAUGCAGAGGAGGAGGUAUGAUGGGGAAAGGAGGGGAUGAUGGGCUGAGGACUGUGGAGUGCUUGAGGGGGAGGCUGCUGGCUGAGAGAGUGGCCUCCAAGGCUGCCAAGGAGCAAGCAGACAACAUGGCCAAAAGGUUGGAAGAGCUGGAAAGAAAAAUUGCUGAGGAGAUCAGGUACAGGAACAUGGCCGAAAAGAGGCUCAAGCAUGCUUUGAAGAAGUUGGAAUCCUUAAAGAUUUUGGAUGUCGCGGGCCAAAUGGAUCUCCAUGGUAGUUUGGGGAGUUCUUCGUCCUCGCAUUGCUUGUCGGAUCAUCAGAAACUGGAAGGUUGGGGGACCGGUUCGCCGACGGUGGAUUCGGAGCAAUGCGAAUCGCAGGAGGAGGUGACAGGGGCGCCGAGUCCUUCAGGUUCGGAGGAUCUUCUGAGAGAUGAUGUCUCUGGUAGUUCGUUGGUUGAUUCGCCACAUCAUCAUGAUGGGAAGGAUGGGAGCUGGAGUUCGGUUAGGACGGCACAAUCUCGUAACGAGGGAGAGUCUCAUGGGGAUGAAAGCAACAAAGGUGGCAGCCCCCAACAGUGGACUGCGGAUGCUGCAAGGCAAUAUUCUGUAGAUGACAGCAAGCUGGGUACUGUUGAGCAUCAGGUUGAAGAGGUAGACAAUACACUGGCUCUGGUUCCAGCUAGCAUGCAGUCCAACCUGGAGGGCUGCAAACCAGUGGUCAAGAAUAACGUACAAAGUGUUCUUCUUGCCCUAAGACAUGUCAAAGAGCAAUUGCAAUAUUCCAUAGGGAGAACUGGUGUUUGCUCUUCCAAAGAGCUGUAUGGCCAGUGAGGAUAUUAUGGGCAUUUUCACAGAUCAAGUACAUUUUCAGUAGGUAUUGUUGAAAAGUAAAUGGAAGGCCAGGUGAAGCUGUUUCUUAUAGGAUUUUUGUUCUGGAUGGCUGAUAUCGUAUACCACUGAUAAUGCAUCAAUAUCCAAGAUUUAUCAUCUCGGAAAGUGGUGAUUUUUCCAAUGCAAAAAAAUGGCAGAAGGUUUGAUUAAAAAGCAUCAUAAUCUGCAAUUGCUCAGCUGAUGUCGUUCUUUGUUCUCUUUUUUUCUUUCUCCUUUUUUGGGGACUGGGAAAGAGUUGCGGACCCCACCCAAAUUAUUGAUAAUAUUUGAAGUUGUUCAGAGGGCUCAUACCCGCGUUACUUGUAUCCAAGCUCCAAUAACUUCACCAACUGAACCAAUUGGUGGCCAUCUGAUGUCAUGCAUUGUAUUUUUUCCAAUCUUCCAUCCAUAUGAAGCUAGAUAACAAGCAUCAUCUGUGCUGGACAGGAGCCGUGGAUGGAGAGGAUUUUUGUCGAAGGUGACUUUACCACUGUCAUUGGAUGGAUCCAUGACAACAGAAGGCAGCUAGAAGCCCAUCCUCUUCUCUCUGACAUCUGGAUUGCGCUUCGGCUCUCAGUUGCAGUGUUGGUGUGACAUAUUUCUCAGA